AAAAAAUCAGUCUUUGACUAUUUUUACGCAACGCGUGAAUUUCUAAAAAUAGAAAUUGUUACAACGCAACAGCGUUACAAUUUGUCGCGAUUUUAGAUACACUUUUGCCGAGGGAAAACCUUUUACGAAAUUCGUCAAAUAGAUUUUUUUUUUUUUUCCGAACGAGAGGUACAAUGCCGGUGUGAUAACGGUGCGUGAUAACGUGGCGGGAUUUUCUCACCUCUCGAAAAUCUAUCAUAAACAUCGGCGAAAGUAAAAAGAAGUAUUAAUGAUGGAUGCGGUGAAUUCCUAUAAGCUUAUCCGCCACAAGCGGUCGGCAAAAUAGGAUUUGCCGCAAUAAUCGCUUACAUUCGCCCGUCCAAUCCUUAAUCUCCUAACAAUGCCGGGAAAUAUAAAAAUUUAUCAAAAAUAUUUUAUAUUCCAUUAUUGCUGAAUAUAAAUAAAGUCGAUAUUACUAAGAGAUGUAUACGAAUUAAAAUUAUAUUUAUAAAUUUAAAAAUAGACGCGUAUAACGUAACAGAUGAUUUGUAUACACUUUAAUAUAACACGCUGCUGUAUAAAUUUCGUUUUCAUCUUGAGACUUUUAAUACGUUUCUUUUCGACGAGGGGGGAAUAUUACGAGCACGAAAAGAAUACUUACUCUAAUAAAUGUUUUCCUAUUUGACGCGCGUGUAUAUAGAAGAAUAAAAAGUAACAUUCACGCGCGUAGUAGCAACAUAUCGAGCGCAUCAACCGUUAUUGUGAGUUCUCACCCUGAGAAGUGCUCGUCGAUGCGAAAAUGUACAAUUCGACUCUGCUCGUCGAGGAGGCUCCAGUUGUCAUCGUCAACGUUAAAAAUAACGCUGAGGGCUCUCUACAUGCGUGAAACCUCUAGGGAAAAAUUUUGCUCUGCAAAAUUACUGGAAAUGUUCUCGAAAUUAUAUGAUAGUUACGCAUUACAUGUAUGAUUUUCAUUCCAUUCCAUUAGAUUCUCUAUGCGUUUAUAUAUCGAGAGAAAAGUAUCUAGUAUUUGCAACUAUAAUUGCAUAGUAAAAUAAUUAUAGUUGCAAAUAUUAUUUUUAUAGUUAUUAUUGCUAUAAUGUUAGUGUAAAUAACCAUAUAUGUAUAGUUGUGCCAAACAGGGUAAAAAUUUUACUGUCAAUUAAAAAGUUUACUAUAAAUUAUAGUAAUUUCUACCAUACAUAUUCUACCAUACAUAAAUCACAAUUAUGGCACGUUUAACCAUACAUAUGGUUGUAUGAACGAAUGCGAUAGCUACUGUAAUAUAGGGUUAAGUUAAUUAUAACUUAUAUCGUUAAUUUAACUACACAAAUAUUGCUACGGUCAAAAAUAACUAUAAAUUAUGGUUAACGCAACUAUUUUUUUCUCUCAGUGUAACAUGAAAAUAUUAUAGUAGAAUAUUAUUAUUACAAACAAUUUGCAUUUUUAAAUUCUAAUUCUACUAAAAAAAUUCUUCAAAGUUUUUCUUUACCGUCAUACGUUUAAAUGUGCCAUACAUUUUUUUGCUAAAUAUUUUAAUAACAGUAUUAUUUAUUUAAAAGUUGCCAAAAUGUCAGGUAGGUUUUUUGAUUCUCCAGGAAUUUAUGGUGGAAAUAUUGCGUUAAAAGGGACUCGAGAAACACACUUGGGAACUGGUGUUGCAGACUACACCAGCUUGACAGGUAGAGCUGAUAUGGUCUGAAAAUCGUGUGGCGUGUUCAAGUCUUCAAAAGUUUGCCCACCGUAAACGUCACAAAUAUCGGAUUUAGUUGGUUGGUCUUUCUCUCUCUUUCUCUCUCUCUCCCUCCCUCUCACGCGUUUUCCCAGGUUAGUUUCGAACUCGACGUCAUUUAUCCGACGUAAAUUACGAGAGACGCUCGCGUAUAUCGCAAAACUGCGAGCAAACUAUUAUCGCGAUACUGGGAAAUGAGCACUUCGCCCGUCACGCGAUCGAAUUUGCGCGAACGCGAGCGCUUGUCGCGCGACGUUAACGUGCGACUCGCCGCUUUAUAAAGUUUUUACGCCGUCGUUUUAUGCCCAUGUUAGGAUACGCGCGACGUCCUUACGCGCGGAAUUUUUCCUUACAGCCCCGUAAAAUACUCCGAAAUAAACAUUCUUGCAAAGGGUGUCCCGCGAGAAAUGGAGGCGUCGAGUCGAAGAGGACGGGGAGAGGGGGGGGGGAGAUAUUACUUUAUGCAGACGGGGAUGACUCAAUCGCGCUCCGACUGUGUUCGUUUAAUAAUUUGUACGUGCUGCGGUUGAGGUUUUUGACGCGGGUAACGCGCGGUAAGUUGAAAGAUCUAAACGUGGCGAUGUCCUCCAGAGGCGAUAUUCUUGGCGGGACAAACAAGGGUGAAUGCACGUAUGAAGAGAGAGCGACGGCUCGCGCGACUGCACGUACUCUUCGCCCCAAAUAGAACACGCCGCGCCUGUUGGUAAACGCUCCGUGCUGCUCCCGAGGCGCGCUGCGCCCGCCUUUCUCGAUCGCCAGCUCGUUUUCCCUCGGCCUCGGUGCGAUUCCCUCGCUUAAAUACAGCCGAGGAAUGCGCGCGCCUACUAAAACAGCCGCAAGGGCCCGCUUCGAAUAAGACAAUUGAAAGCACCAUCGCAUUUGCGCGAGCCCGUGAAUACGGACGCAAUGAACUUCAAUCCUAUUUCGACCGAUUCACCGUUUACAUAUGCGUCCGUAAAAUUUUCUAUCUGCAAACCUGUUCUUUUUUAUCGGUUUUACAACGCGCAUCUGUGUUAAUUUUAAAUCUGAUUCUGAAAAGUGAUAAUUUUGCUAAAAAGAGAGAUUUGAUUUGCAGUGAAUUGUAUUUUAGUUUCAUCGAGUAUCAAGUACGCGUUUGUUUGAUGAACAAAUCCCUGCCGAUUGGAAAUGGUUAAAAAUUCGAAAACAGAUAUUAUGUCGAACUCUGCAAUAAACUGUAACGCGGAUGAAAUCAACGUGCCCUGAAAAUUACGAAAAUGUGAGCGCCGCGCGUGACGGUAAAAAAAGUAAACUCCUCAAUCCGCGCGAGGACAGGAAACUACGAAGUGAAAAGUUCCAACGACCGCCGAAAGAGCAGUCGUUCCCUUCGCAUCCGGUUCUGACGGCAGCCGGAAAAAUUAUUUUUACUUCAAUCGGCGAGUGUUUGUGUGUCUCGUCGCAGUUGUCGCGUGUUGCUUCAAACUCGCUAUUGUGAGCUUCUUAAAGAUUGCGUUCUACAACAUUUUUCCACGACCUCUGUGAUGAUUUUUUUCUACGUACUUUAUACAACUUUGAAGCAUUACACGGUGUCUCUUUCGUAAGAAAAAAAAAAAAAAGACAAUUAGCUGCGUUUUUCUAGAAAUUACAAUAAAUUUGAUGAUAAUUUGGACAGAGUGCCUCGUUUCCUGUGAAUGUUGGUGGAAUCUUGAGAUUUGAUUAAAUCGCCAAACAUAAUAGUGACAAUCUCUAAAACAUUGAACUUGGGGUGGAAUCAACGAACGCGAGGCAAAUGUCCAAAAUGUUGCGAAUAGAAUUAGUGGGCCUUCUGUUGUUGGCCUGCACGCAAAUUCUUACGGAGCACCGCGACUUCCGUGAAUCACGGGAUCAAUACGGCUACCAUCAGCGGUUUCAUGACCUUCAGGAGAGAAUAACGAGGGAGGUUCGAGUCAAGGAAGGACGAUUGCGUGGCAUGGUGGUCCAACCCAGGACUAAUCACAAUUUGCAGCUGGUUGACGUCUUCCUUGGAGUCCCUUACGCGGAGCCUCCCGUGGGAUCCUUCAGAUUUUCUCCACCUCGCUCACCGCAACCGUGGAGAGGGGUGAGGCAGUCGCAGGAAUUCGCCCCAGUUUGCCCGCAAGUCUUGCCAAAUCUUCGAGAGGAGGUAAAGCCAGGCAGGUACGAAUACCUGGAGAGACACUUGCCGUACCUAAGGAACCAAAGCGAGGACUGUUUGUAUCUCAACAUCUACGCUCCUCAUCAGGCCGAAGGCCAGAAAAGUCUGAGAAAGUAUCCGGUUAUGGUGUUCAUCCAUGGUGAAAGCUUCGAAUGGAAUAGUGGUAAUCCUUAUGAUGGCACUAUAUUGGCGGCUUACGGCAACAUUGUUUUUGUUACAAUUAAUUUCCGCCUUGGCAUCCUAGGUUUUUUGAGACCCGGAAUUAGAGAUGAUACAGCAAGUAAUUUCGGACUGUUGGAUCAAAUAGCAGCAUUGCUUUGGUUAAGAGAAAACGUCGCAGAGUUUGGCGGCGACCCUAAUAGCGUUACUUUGGUUGGCCAUGGAACUGGAGCUGUCUUUGCUAAUCUGCUUCUAAUCAGUCCAGUUGCCAAUAAAAAAGGAUUGUUCAAGCGAGCUAUUCUGAUGUCUGGAUCGGCAAUGAGCGCGGAUGCCAUCGGCAAGGCGCCAUUGCAAAUUACCAAGCAGGUGGCGCACGCUCUCAACUGUCCCACCACUAGCGACAACGAACUGGCGCUCUGCUUGCGCAACCAGGACGUAGACAGGCUGCUACACGUGAAAAUCCACAAGCCGAAAUACGUGCCGGCCUACGCACCGUUGAUCGACCGCGCCGUCAUCCCUGACAAGCCGCUCAAUUUAAUGGAGAACAUCCAGCUCUUCGGCAGGUUCGAUCUGAUGUACGGUAUAACGGAAUCCGAGAAAUUUCACAUCCUGCCACCAGUUGCUUUGUUACACGGCAUGCUUGAUGGACAACGGGAUGAAAUCCUGCGAGACCAUGCCAAAGCGACGCACGAGCUGGAGCCGGAGCUGAUCCUCUCGAAAGUGCUGGAGCAAUAUGGCGACUUUUCAAGCGGGUUCACGAAAGAGUACGCCACGAAGAAUCGGGACAUGGUGUUGGAGGCGCUCUCCGAUAGCGGCACCGUGGCGCCGUUAAUAAUGACGGCCAAUUUGCAUUCAAGGGCGAACCCGAAGAGCUACAUGUACGUCUUCUCGCAUCCGAAAGCUAUGCAAGACUACUCUGGCCAACAACGUCAACACACCGUGCACGGGGAAGAGUUACCUUACGUACUGGGUGUCCCAUUAGACGGCAGCAAGUUCCGGGGUCGAUACAAUAUUAGGGAGACGCUGUUUUCGGAGGCCAUUAUGAAUUGGUGGUGUAGCUUCGCCUAUAUCGGGAAUCCCAACGUCGCCAAGCGAUUCCCCUACCUGACUAGUGUGUACAAGGAAUGGGAACAGUAUGAGAUCGAAUGGCCAGAAUAUGAUCCUGUCAAUCAAACGUAUCUCAAUCUAACCAUACCACCUAAUAUGGGUGCGCAUUAUCGUUCGGUGGAGAUGCAGUUCUGGAAUGAAGACCUGCCCAAUCUGCUCAGGCACCCGAAUAAAGAUAUUUCGAGCCCGACACGACCGAGAGGACCGCGACCACAAAUUCUUGACUUUGCCGACGGGAUUGGCAAAUAUGCCAACAAUACCGCCAACCGGAAAUACGAAGCUAGGUAUACAUCUCCGUCCAGCAUCACAGAUUCUAGCACAGAGCAAACACCGCUUUCAACUGUACUUACAACGGGUGGAAAUAUUGGAGAGGGUUCUACGAUAGAGCCGAACACGUUAAAGGCCUCGUCGGCAAUGAUGAUGGUGAUUGUCUUCUUCGUUGUGUUUAUACUGAUAAACUUUACGGCUUUCCUGUAUAUCUAUUAUAAGAGGCAAAACGUGAAGGGAAAGGAGAAGUCAUUGAAGAGACGAGGCAGCGAGAAGAAAAACGAUUCUGUCAAGAGGUCAAAGACUGAUAAACACGAGAACCAUUACGGCCAGCUAGGCUACAAAAGCGACAGCAAGCCAGAUUUGAACGACGUAAUAAAGAACGACAAGGCAUACGACAAUAACUCGAAUUUUGGACGCAGAUCGAAGCUAUCGAGGCAGAAUUCCAGCUCUACCAUUGACACUCACAUCAAGGUUAGAGAAUGGAUUCAGCAGGAGAUUGUGCACAGAUGUUCACCGAGGUUUUUACGCAAAACGCGAGAAACGUUGCAGAAGGAACAUCAAGAGAAACUGACCAAACAGCAGCAAGAAGAGAAACAGCGCAUAGAGGAAGAAGCUUUGAAGGAGAGAAAAGAUGAGCCGAUAUACGAUGAGAGCCCGGCGUUGGUUGUGCGACCUGGAAAAAAGUCGAAAUUGCCAAAAAUUUCUGUGGCCAUUGACGCCACGCCGGCGACCAGAACAGAAUCCAUCUUGAAUCAAGUGCCGAUCGAGUUAACGAAGAGUAUCGAAAUAGAAAAUGAUUACGAGCCGAGCUCACAGCAGCUAAUGGCACCUGAAGUAGUCGUCAUUGAGCAUCAUCACUCUAGAAGCGACCCUUUGCCGAUGGAGAACGUCUUGAAAACAAUAAAACCGAAUUUCUCCACUCCCAGGAUCUAUCCCCAAGAGUCAGAUUCAGGAAGCGCAAGCAGUUUGUACGCCAAGAUUAAUCCUAAACUAAAAUCCCGUUUGCCUCGUCCUGAUCUAGGAACAAAUACAGAAGCACCAUUACCUGAACAAUCGAUGUACGAAAAUCCUCAGGAAGAAGAAAUCUACAUAAAAACUGGACAAAUUCUAACAACCUUUGGCACGAACGACGUAAAUGUCACUUGUCGGGAACCAACUGCGGAAAGGGAAUCCAUCAGUCCUGAAGAGGCCUUGAAAACGAUAAAACGACGAAAUUAUCCUAAAGUACUACCAGAUAUCGAGAAGAGACGAUCACUUCCGGUGCCGAGUAGCCUAUUCGUACCAAAGCAGUAUGCGAAUUCGUUGCAAAAUUGUAAGAAUGGUAAUCGCGCGAACUUGUUUUCGAAUCAACCACCUUUACCACCUCCACGAAUAUUUGGAACCUCUAAGAGCCUUCAAGAGAGGGGCGGUUUCCUUGCAGAAGAAAACGAAAGCCAAAUCGAAGGCGAGCCUAUCACAACAAACCUACACGUCGGUCCGUUACUAAAAAGGCCAGACUCUGCCAAAAAUAACUCGGAUCCUAAUAUAAUCGAUUCCCUGGAAGGAAAUAGAGGUGUCCAGGCUGGCGGAAGUGUGGACGCUAUUUAUGCUAAUCCGAAGUGUCCGCUUCAUGGGAGUCAAUAUCUCUUCUCGCCGACCUCGCAGAGUGUCGAUGACGAUAUCGGCAAGUCUUCCGGGAUUUUGGAUUUGGGCAACCCGAAUUGGUACAAACCAGCAGCGAGCGAAUCGUCAGUCAUAAUGACGUCGACCGCAUCGGAACCACAAAUCGUGAUCGGCAGAGAUGAGAGAGGCACCGUUGGCGCCACGGUGCCAAUGGUGGAGCCGAAGAUCGUGAUCACGCCAAGAGUAGUUAAUCCAUGCCAAGUGAGUCAACAAACAAGUCCAACAGCACGUUCCGAAGACAAAAUUGAGCACGGAUCGAGAGCGAUCGAUCCAACGCGAAAUGGAGGAACAAGAGAAAGUCCGAAUAUUUUCGGUGGUUCAAUAAUUUUGAGAGAAACGGAAAAGAGGGAGCCGCGGAUAAUCAUCACGGCACGGGAACCGAAGAAUUGUGCUCCGGUGAACAGUCUAAAACAACCGAAGAUCAUUAUAAAGCCCACGGCGACUCUGCCGAGGAGCAGGGAUCAGAGGAAUAUACCGAAGGUGUCAGCCAUACCGUCGCCGGAACAGCAGAAUUGUCAGAACAGCGAGCGAGAUAGGGCGCUGGAGCAAAGGGAAAAGCCGUCCCUGAGGGAGAAGCCGAGGGUUACGAGGAUUCCGUCCUUUUCACGCAGGAGAGAGGAGCCUGGUAUUGAAAAGCCGUCGUACGUAGAGAAGACAGAAAUCGCGCCGAGAGUGGAGGCGGCGACCAGUAAAAUCACAAACGCGCCUUCGACACCCGACACCAAAUCAGGCAUACCGACGCCGACGACAACGAUGAUGCCGAAGAGCGAGAAGACCUCCAGCACGGACUCGUCCGCCAGCAACGGGAAUUCCAGUAACUCGAAUACCGGUACGAUCAAACGGAAGCCGGCGAACAAGAAAUAAUUGGCGGUAGCCAAUUCGAGAGCCACGUGUUAUAGCCCGUCCUAUUUCGCAAAUGCAUAGAUGGAAUGCAGAUGGGUCCCUACCAUUCCGGCCAAGUGUCGAUGCAGCCCCCCGAUGGCGCCCAAUCUCUUCCACGAAACAUUCGCAAGUGUGUACGUAUUUGUAAUAGCAAUGAAAUUAACAAAACUAUUUUCUAUUUACACUUUUAAAUACUUUCUUUUCUUAUUUAUAUGACGUGAAUCCGUUGAACCAUAAGAUUAUUCUCUUUUUAGAAUUUGUAUUAUUUGUAUUAUUUAUUACUAUUCUAGAUAUAAACGUUGCAAUAACGUGUGUUAAACCUAUAAUACUUUAGCGAUUCUAGCAUAUUUGAUACAAGUAUAACUUUUUCUAUUAUCGUUAUUAUUAAUUGCAUCAUGCUAUUUUUCUAUGACUAAUUAGGAUUAUGCCGCAAUCCAAGACAUACAUUAUCCAACUGUAUAUCAUGUAAAUAAUAAUAAUGCUGUGAAUGUUUAAGAUACUUUAAACAACGUGACAAUAUUAUUAAGAUCUAAACCGGUGAAGUGAGUUAUAUGUCCGUAAAAGAUGUUAAAAAUCGCUUUUGUUGUCGAUCCUUUAAACGACUUUAAGUCGGUUAAAUAUGGCCAGAUAGACGUCGUGAGUUAGAUGUUCAUAAUUUUCAAGGCAUACGCCCUUUUUGUACAUCUACAACUUUAUACACAAUGAAAAUAAACGUUUUUCAUACUUUUUCAACAGAAAAACUCGAAAUAAAAAUAUAUCCUAUCAGCGAUUCAUCAUCCCCCCCUCCCCGUUCCAUUUUUCAUAUAAACGCCGUGCCGUGUAUCUCGUGACGUUACAUGCGUCCCUCAAACUUUAUUAUUAAGUGAAGCAGGUCUAUAAGUCGCGCAGAUGCAGCGGGGUACGGUAGGACAAAGUGGUCGGCGAGUUCUCACUUAUAUUACCGGUGGAUCGAAUUGAUUUUCAAAGUUCGCCCGAUAAUGGGAUUCCCCUCGUCUCUGACCGUCGCCGCACGGAAAGGAAAAGGCCAUUUUCACGUUAUCCCUCCUACCUUCUGCAAUCAGUCUGUCCCUGUCUUCUGUCGCCCUCACCUCUCUCUCCCUCCUUUUCUUGUGUUUUCGUUUCAUCUCGUUUUACGUCAUUCGAUCCGUUCGCAAACGUUAUCCUGAUCAGAGUUCAAGGAGCGAAAAAAGAUGUGGGGGGGGGGGGGGUGAGUGUUUUGAUGGGACUUGGCGAGUUUUGAUAAAAUUGAGUUUCUAAAAAUAUCCUCUAAUGGCAUGGCAACAGAAAAAUUUAUAAAAAGCGAAACUUGAAGGUGAGAACACAUAAUAAAGUAAUUUUUGCAAUUUUAUUUCUUGCGUGAGAAAAAGCCUUUCAGGUAGAUUAAAAUGUUAUAAAUCAUUCAACUGAUUUACAUGAUUCGGAUUCAUAUGAGUAAAGCUCAUCAGUUUAGAGCGCUGAACUGCAAGAGACGAGUAAUCUGACAGCGAUAACUCGGUCAUAUCCUCGGAGUUGGAGUACGCAUUGCUAAGUUAGCGUUUAGAUGCCAGCGUUGUCCUCUACCUUAUGCGACAGCACGUAACCAGUAAUCAUCCACCGCACACGACGAAUGGGGAAGGUCUUGCAGUCACCGUGACAGGUGCGUGACACCGCGUGACCCAUUGUCAGAAUGAUAUACUAUCAGAAGUAACGGAGGGAACAAAAGCCAGAUCCUGUCUUCUGGAGAAGCCUCUCGAGGCUAAAUUCCGAUUUCUGUAGAAUAAUCGUAACGACGGUGAAAUAGAGUGGCCGUCUUCAUUCCUCAUCUUUUAGCCUUUUGCUGUUUUGACAAUAAAUUUAAAAUUUUUUCUACGUGUCUACAUAUAAUACGUAAAUUAUUAUUUCAGAAAUUAACAGUUAAACAAUUGAUUUUAUUAACAGAAAUAGAACAUUGUUCCUAAAUCAAGCGCCAAAAAUUUACAAUAAGCAUACUUCAAAAAGAAUAUUAUUAAAUUAUCUUAUAUGUAAUUAACACUACUGAUCAUUAAAUUUAUGAAUUAAACAUAAUUUCUGUUCAAAUAAAAAUUAUUAAUACAGUCCCUCAUCUAUAAUUCAAAGUAAUGAGAGAUAAAAACAAUUACACAAAAAGUUAAAAUUGGGAUAAAUUAUAAUGAUUUCCGCUAAAUUUACAGUUAUGUCGCAUAAGUUCACUAUAGAUGCGUCGCUGAGAGGGGUAAUUUCCGUAUCGUGAUUAUCUACGGCACGCGCGUCUAAUUAUCACACGAUAAUCGGCG